AUGGAGAGUAAAUCAAGCCAUUUAAAUGUUUCGAGGCAAAAGAGACAACGAACAGAGGACAAAACCCGCUCUGCCAUGCUGGAUUUUGGUGUUCUUGAUUGCCCUAUUUGCAUGGAGCCACUCAGUAUUCCUAUAUUCCAGUGUGAUAAUGGACAUUUGGCAUGCGCUCCUCCUGCUGUCCCAAAUUGA